AUGGCAAUACCGCCAAUAAGCCAUCGUAUUCGGCCCGAUAGUGAGAAAUUUAUAAACUUGUAUUACGUAAAAGAAAAUGUGUGUAUGGGCGCCGACCGCUACAGCAUCCCCACGUGCCGGCCGAUGCAGACGUUGGGCAACGUGUGCCGGCCGAGCGGGCAGGUGCCCUACAACACCACCGUGGGCUACCCCGACCAGUCGCAGGUGGAGCUGAGCGUCUUCUGGCUCUUUUGCCCGUGCGCCGAGGGCCUCUACUGCCAGCGCGAGUCGCACUCGUGCCAGGCCGUCUACUGAGCCACCAGCCCACACAGUUUUGACUCUCCGUUUAAAACGUACGGAGAACUAACUGAAGGGUUGUGGAUUACAAUACGGUAACCCACAAUUAAAAAACUCACUUUUUAGGUAUCAGGGAUCCCCAGAGAAAUGUAUUUCCGUUGAAAUCUCGAAAUCGAUUUUCCGCAGCAUUACAUAACUUUUCCUACACUAAGUGUAUUAUUCUACUCUAUAUAUACGUACGUAUACGAGAAAGUAAAAAUGAAAUGAAUAGUUGGAUCAUGGGAUAUGUUUCUUGAGAGAAUGAAGCCAAAUGGUUCUUAAAACAAAGUUUUAAACAAGUUUUUUUUGCUUUGUUUAAUAUUGCCUCGUGUGGGUU